UGGGAGUGAGAGAGAGAGAGGGACAGAGGGGGGAGGAAGCAGUGGCUGAACACUCGCGCAUUCGGCACCAUCAUGGCACCUAUCGGAUUAAAGGCGGUGGUCGGUGAAAAGAUUAUGAAUGAUGUCAUCAAGAAGGUGAAGAAGAAGGGAGAAUGGAAGGCACUGAUUGUGGAUCAGCUGAGCAUGAGGAUGUUGUCAUCCUGCUGCAAGAUGACAGACAUUAUGACAGAGGGCAUCACCAUUGUGGAGGACAUCAACAAGCGACGAGAACCUCUUCCCAGCCUGGAGGCCAUUUACCUGAUUACACCAACAGAGAAGUCAGUGCACACCCUCAUCGCCGACUUCAAAGACCCACAUUCAGCUAAAUACAAGGCAGCGCACGUGUUCUUCACUGACUCCUGCCCUGAUCCCUUGUUCAAUGAGCUGGUGAAGAGCCGUGCUUCCAAAACCAUCAAGACUCUGACGGAGAUCAACAUCGCAUUCUUGCCCUAUGAGUCUCAGGUGUACUCUCUGGACAAUCCGGAUGCCUUCCACAGUUUCUACAGCCCCCAUAAGACCCAGUUGAAGAACCCCGUUAUGGAGAGGCUGGCCGAGCAGCUCGCCACGCUCUGCGCCACCCUAAAGGAGUACCCUGCUGUCAGAUACCGAGGGGAGUACAAGGACAACGCCACCCUAGCCCAGCUGGUCCAGGACAAACUGGACGCCUACAAGGCCGAUGAUCCCACUAUGGGAGAGGGUCCAGAUAAGGCUCGCUCACAGCUAAUCAUCCUGGACCGAGCGUUCGAUCCCGUCUCUCCUGUCCUGCAUGAGUUGACUUUUCAGGCGAUGGGUUACGACCUGUUGCCCAUUGACAAUGACGUCUACAAGUAUGAGACAAGUGGCAUUGGAGACUCUCGUGAGAAGGAGGUGCUCCUGCACGAAGACGAUGACCUGUGGGUCAGCCUGAGGCACAAACACAUCGCAGAGGUGUCUCAGGAAGUGACACGCCAGCUGAAGGAGUUUUCUGCUAGCAAGAGGAUGAACACUGGUGACAAGACCACGAUGAGGGAUCUGUCUCAGAUGUUGAAGAAGAUGCCUCAGUACCAGAAGGAGCUCAGUAAGUACUCGACCCAUCUGCAGCUGGCUGAGGACUGUAUGAAGCAUUACCAGGGGACUGUGGACAAGCUGUGCCGUGUGGAACAGGAUUUGGCGAUGGGAACUGAUGCCGAGGGCGAGAAGAUCAAAGAUCCCAUGAGGGCCAUCGUUCCCAUCCUGCUGGACGCCAACGUCAGCACCUACGACAAAAUCCGGAUCAUCCUGCUCUACAUCUUCCUGAAGAACGGUAUUACAGAGGAGAACCUGAACAAACUGAUCCAGCACGCUCAGAUCCCUCCUGAGGACAGUGAGAUCAUAACCAACAUGGCUCACCUGGGCGUCCCCAUUGUCACAGACUCUACUCUCCGCCGAGGAAAGAAAUUGGACAGAAAGGAGCGUGUGAGCGAGCAGACCUAUCAACUGUCCCGCUGGACGCCACUCGUUAAGGACAUCAUGGAGGAUGCUAUUGAUGACAAACUGGACACCAAACACUAUCCUUACAUCUCCACGCGCUCCUCCGCCUCCUUCAGCACCACUGCCGUCAGCGCUCGGUACGGCCACUGGCACAAGAAUAAGACACCCGGAGAGUACCGCACUGGCCCACGUGUGAUGGUCUUCAUCAUUGGGGGCGUGUCCUUCAGCGAGAUGCGUUGUGCCUAUGAGGUCACACAGGCCAAUGGGAAGUGGGAAGCAGUCAUUGGUUCCACCCACUUGCUCACCCCCACCAAAUUCUUAUCGGACCUGCAGCACCCUGACUUCCGAGAGUCGACUAGGGUGUCCUUUGAGGACGCAGACCCCUCAGCCGAGUGAGGCAGACAGAAAAUGGGAGGGAGGGAGAGAGAAAUCACACUGACAAAAGAUCAACCCACAUCUUCACCCCCACCAGCCUUCUGGAGCAGCUCAAGGCCAUGAACAAACCAGACGAAGAAGUCGCGAGCUAAAAUCCCUUCCACUGUAUCUCUUAUCCCUAACCCUGCCCCUCCACUUUUAUUCCCUCCCCCAUUAAUUGUGUAUGCAUCUUGCUUGAGAAAAAAACAAAAACAUAGAUAUAAAAAAAAAAUUAUGUUGCAACAAAGAUUUAAACUGUCGCAAGUAUUCAAGUUUUACAGUGGAUGCAAUGAAAUACUUAUCUAAAAAAGUUUAACUAAGAACAGAAAGCUAUUUACGACUGAAAAUACCAAAA